AUUGUUUGCAGUUAUUUAAAAUUAUUUUAUUAUACAACCAACCACUUCCAUAACCUCCAAAACCCAACAGUGAGGUUAUCCAGUUAUCAAAAUAUGAGGUUAAGCUAAGGAACAUAAACAAACACUGCUUUAAAAAUGUUAAUCACUUUGUGCCGACUGUGUCGCCGUAUACCAAACACAAACUACAGACGAAAUGUGAUUCCCAACAUCCACAAAUCAAACUUUUUCACCAACUCCGGUUUUAACCAAAAAGUGAGCCCCUCAGGUGAUCAACGAACGAAAAACAUUAAAUCCACCCUCUAUUAUAUAAUGGCAGCGGGUGUCGUAACUGUAGGGAUGAGCUAUGCAGCCGUUCCACUUUAUAGAAUGUUCUGCCAGGCAUACAGUUAUGGGGGCACCACUGCACAAGGCCACGACUCCAGCAAAGUUGAGAGUAUGACUGCUGUUAAGCACAAACCAAUUAAAAUUAAGUUUAAUGCCGAUACUGCGGCCAGUAUGAGGUGGAAUUUUAAGCCACAACAGACUGAAAUUACGGUGUUUCCAGGAGAGACUGCUUUAGCAUUUUAUACUGCAACAAAUCCUACUGAUCAUCCUGUUACUGGUAUUAGUACUUAUAAUGUGGUGCCAUUUGAAGCUGGACAAUAUUUUAAUAAAAUACAGUGCUUUUGUUUUGAAGAACAACAAUUAAACCCUCAUGAACAAGUUGAUAUGCCAGUAUUCUUUUAUAUAGAUCCAGAAAUUACUGAAGAUCCUUAUAUGGAAUAUGUUAAUGAAAUCACAUUGUCUUACACAUUUUUUGAAGCAAAAGAUGGUUUAAAAUUACCUGUACCUUCAUAUGUAAAAUAGGAAUAAAAUAAUUUUUGUUGAUGUUGAA